AUGCUUGCGAUUAUUACGGUUGCAUUGAUUCUUAUUAUUCUUCUGCUCGAAUGGAUUAAAGUUGUUCGGAAAUAUCCACCAGGACCUUUUCCUCUACCCUUAAUUGGGAAUCUUCAUCACAUUCUAAUGGGAAAAGGAAUAGUUAACAGCAUGAAGCAGUGGCAGAAAAAAUACGGUGAUGUUUUCACUUUCUGGUUGGGAACAAUCCCAACGGUUCACAUAGGCGAUUACGCUACAGCAAGACAAGAAAUGAUCAUCAAAGGUGGUGGUUACACUUCUCGGUACACACCGUACAUGCUUGACGUCAAAAGAGAAGGUAGAGGAACUAUUUUUUCGAGCGGAGAGUUUUGGGAAGACCACCGUCGGUUCAAUCUUCGAACACUUCGCGAUUUUGGCCUCGGCAGCAAUGUGAUGGAGGAAAGAAUUAUGGAUGAACUCAACUUAAAUACGGCUAAACUUGAUGAAAUGAUGGUCGAAGGUAAAACAACGAUCAACGCGGGAGCCUUUUUUGAUGUUCUCAUCGGAAGCGUAAUUAAUCGUUUAAUUUUUUCGGAACGUUUCACUGAGGAGAACGCAGAAGAAUUCUUCCAUCUGAAACACGAGCUUGAUGAUACGUUCAUGAGCGUAACAGCAUUCGAUGCUUCCCUGGAGAAGUGGACAGUUAACCUUCCACUGAUCAGUAAACGAUGGAAAACGAUGAUUUCUCCACAAGAAAAUCUUAUCAACUUUAUAAAUAAAAGAAUAGACGUUAGAAAAGCAAAAAUUGCUUCUGGAGAACACAAUCUGGAAGAUAAUGGCAGCGAUUUCAUUGAUGCAUAUUUGAUCAAGAUGGAAAACGAUAGAAGAAAUGGAACGGAUGCUAGUCGAAUGUACAAAGACGACGGACUUCUCUACGACAUUUUCGAUCUGUGGAUUGCUGGUCAUGAGACAACGAGUCUCACACUUAUGUGGGGAUUCAUGCAUUUUAUCAGAAACCAAGAAGAGACUCGCUGGAAAGGCUCCAAGUCAAGGGAAUUAGACGAUGACUACGAGCUCAUCUACCACGACACAUCAAAUCGUAAUGGCAUUGGUAUCAUAUUGAACGAGUCGUUCAGAAACAGCGUCACAGCGGUGGAUCGACUAUCGGAUCGCCUGAUGCCUGUAAAGGUAGACACAGGAGAAGUGGAAUUGCGGGUCGUCUCUGCUUAUGCGCCACAGGUCCAAUCCUUGGAAGAUAAAGAAGAACUUCUAAUCGGAGGAGACUUCAACGGACAUGUCGGUUCUCGAAAAGACGGGUUCGAGGGUUGUCAUGGUGAAUACGGUUAUAGAGCUCGUAACGACGGGUUGCGAAUCCUGGAGUAUGCUGUUGCAAGUGACUUGAUCAUUGCUAACACGCAGUAUCGGAAAAGAAAAUCGCAUUUGAUCACGUACACCAGCGGCGGUCGUGAAAUACACAUAGAUUCUCGAUGUUACGCCGACGAGAUCGCCGACCUCUGCAGGAUUCAAAAGUCAUCCCUACAGGCCAUGUCGCUGCCCAACACCAUUUGCUCGUCAUGGACUUGA